UGUUUUAGAAAGAGAAAGAAAGGGAUGGGAGGGAAGGCACAGAGAAGAAGGGAGAAGAACUACAAGGCGGCGCAUGGCGGUAAUAGCCGUCUACCACCGCCUCCCGAUGCUUCAUCGAUCGACGUUUUACCGUCCAAACUCCGGCAACUCCGUAAACUCAUGGAUCUUACUAAUUCUACUCAACCAGGUUUUGUUUUAGCGCUUUGGAUUUGCAAAAGUUCUGUUCUCUUUAUCUCUAGGCGAUGUUUUUCAUUGACGUUUGCAUGAUUAUCAAUGAUUUCAGCUAAUAAGAAAGAUUCAAAGCUGAAUAAUCGCGGUGCUGAUAAAAAGAAACUUGGUGAGAAUAGUGAGAUUACUUCUAAGUCUAUCUCUGUAAGCGGGGGAGAUAACAGAGGAAAUAUCGGUAAAGUGAAAGAUGUGGAUCAUUCAAAUGACGACAUCAUGAAUACAAAUGAGAAGAAAAAGAAGAAGAAGAAAAGAAAGGAAGCUAAUGAUCUUCGGUUUGAAAAGGCUGAUGAAUUAGGUGUUGUUGUUGGCGCGAGAAAGCUCGAACGUAAGAGAAAGCACCGGGAAGAAAUGAAAAAUAAGAAGAUAAACAAGAAAGCCAAGUUAGAAGAUGGGAAUGAAUUUGCAGGGCAUGAAGAUAUUAAAUUCGGAGAAGUAGUCAAAGCUCCUCCGAAGAUACUCACAGUUCCUAAGGCGUCUAGGGCAUCUAUAAAUGCUUCAAAAGAAAGGCUUCGUCUAAAAGCUAUCGAAGAGUAUAGAAACCGUAAAGGAUGGGCAUCAAGGCCAGGUACAACAAUUCCUGUUAUACCGGAUGCAUCUAUUACUACUACAUCGACUUAGGUUGUGCCCUUGGUUCGUUUUUAUCGCAAAUAGGUUCACUUAGAUUAUGUAAGGUUGAUUUGGAUGAGAAUUUUUUGUUUUUAUUGCUGUGUUGUAUUCAAAACGCCAUAAGUUACAUCUGUUUAGGGUGGUCUCUUUUUUGUCGGAUUCAAUAUACGAAAUAUCGUACUUUUUGAUAA